CCGAGUUAUUCUACUUCUUGGUGUUGGUAAUAAAUUCCCUACUUUACUUUUAUUUUACAGUCUAAUUGACGAUAAAAGGGAGAUUUUUUUUUAUUUGUUCUAAUGUAAUUCUCCUGAUGCUGAAUUAAUAGUUGUUAAGAUUAUGUAUGUGACGUUGUAUGAAACGACAUCUUGUAUGCACUACUGUUCACAAAUUACAUUGUGGGAGAUGUUCCAGAAGGGGAUUUCUAAUCUAUUUUGCAUAUGUGGAAGCUUAUCUUUGAUCAGUAUGGAUUUUACAUGUGAAAAUCGAGGGUGGGCUUUCUCUCAAAAAGAAAAUCCAUCUUGGGCUGACAACAUAUAUCAGAAGGUUCCUCGCAAAUAUGUUAAUGUAGUGGGUGAACAUGUUAAAAAGUUCCUUGACGAGGUUGAUGAAUGGCUCGACCCUUCUAGUAAUUGUGCUAAGGAGAUAGAUUUUGAUAAAUCUAUUGAUAAUGAUUAUAAGAAAUCAAGUGAAAGAGUUGAUGAAAACCACUUAAAUGAAUUAGCAACUUCUGCCAUAGAGGAGCCUAUCAUUUCUUCAAUGGAAGAUAUGAAACUUGUCACACUCCCUGAUAUAACCCAAGAUACUCCAAGCAAUGAACAUGAAAAGGAACAAAUUCCAGCUGAAACUACAGAUUCUAGUUGCACAGGUGUAGAUGGAAAUUAUAGAAAAACUGCAGAUGCAUUCACAUCUUCUGACGUCACAAGUGCUCUGUCAGCUGAUGAAGUCCUUCCAUCAGAGUCCCAUAACAAUAUGGUGCUUGAAGAAAGGUUCAUUGUGUCGGGCAAUAAUACAUCAACUGAAAUAUGUGAUGUCAUUGCAGGCACCUCUACAUCUAAGGACACAGCAUCUCUUGUGCAGUCUCUUGGAAACGAACUUGAGCAAAAAAUUGGAACUAAUAGAUCAGAGGCUGAUGUGCAAUUACCCGAAUCAGCCGUUUCAGAAAUUUCAGACUUCUCUGGUAGGGAAGACUUGUUCAGCAGUACUGAUCUAGCUGAACUGAGUGCAGAACUCGAAGAAUUUGAGGAUGUAGAUCUUCAGGAUAGCUGGGAUGAUGAUGAUGAAGACUAUGAACUUGCUUCAGUCUCGUAUCAAGAAUUCAAGAAUAGGUCAUACAAGAAAAAACUCAAGGCUGCUAUAACUUCAAAACUGCGGCUGUCGAAGAAUUAUGGGCAGGUAGCAUAUUGGCACCAGGAUACCAGCAAGCCAAUGCAGGACAGACAAGGAAUUACUGCUUCGUCGUUUUCGAAGUCAUCCUCUAUUCACGAUACCAUGGAGUCUGAUUGGGAAUUCCUGUAAGGUUGUGCGAAGCUGCUAAAUAGUCAUUCCAGCUAAGCUAGCUCUUUCUCUGCCAAGCCAUGAAGAAGGAACACUAUGAUGCUGGCCCAAAUAGGCUAUGCAGUCUGAUAAAUUAAUAAUAGGUCAUGCUUCAUUCAUUAUACGAGCCAAUUUGCUAAAUUACUCACUACACAUUUGUGCUUCCCUUUCUGUGGGCGAAGAAAAAGAAUAGUGCUUUCAUUAGGAACUUUAUUGCAACUAGAGGUUUUGUUCAUAUAUAUAUAUAUAUAUUAGCGUGGCAUUUUGUGUAACCAUCAUUUUUGUAGUUUUUGGUUAUGCAAUCAGAGUUCUCAGUAUUACAAAUUUAAAGCUAAUUCUGGUUCAUGCUUAAAAGAAAAUCUGGUCCUUGCCCAGGAGGUUUAAUUUCCUCAGCUGCUGCCGCAUGCUCCAGUUCUCUGA